AUGCCGGCGGAGGGGACGCGGAUGGCGCGGCUGUGGGAGCGCGAGGUCGGCCGCCUCCCGCCCAGGCGCUUCGCCGGCGCCGUCAGGGCCUCCGAGGAGUUUGUGCUGGGCCUCCAGAAAAGGCUGCAGAAGCACAAGAGAUGCGUGGACACCUUAUGCUUCAACAGUAGUGGGAGCUUGCUCAUGUCCUCUUCACACGACCAGACUAUCGCACUGUGGAACUUGGAAGAGGCGGUGCCGAGACUGAUGUUCCAGGCUGGCGGUGAUGUGUCCAACGCGCAGUUCAUGCCCUUAUCGGAUGAUCGGAGCAUCGUCACAUGCGGCGCUGAUGGGGAGGUGAGGCAUUCGCGUAUACGAGAAGGUGGUUGCGUGUUUACGGAUGAGCUUGUUGACCUGAGGUACGCGGUGAACAAGUUGGCUGUUGAGCCGGGAAGUCCUCACACAUUCUUUAGCUGCGUGGAGGAUGGCUCUGUUUUGCUCUUUGACCUGAGGAGGAAAUAUCCCAGGAAGCUCUUUAAAUGUGGUGCGCUUAGAAGAUUUGGUUUCUUAUCUGGUCGCACUGUGAUACUCCGUGCUAUUGCCGUAGACCCAAGAAACCCCUCUUGUUUUGCAGUUUGUGGAUGUGAUGAGUAUGUACGGCUAUAUGAUGCCCGUAAGAUUUCUAUGGAAAUGUCUAAAUUUGGUGUCCCAGUAGAGCAAUUCUGCCCUCAACAUUUGGUAUCCAGCGACAGCAAGAGAGAUGGAAUCAGUGGUUUGGCUUUCUCACACACUGGCGAAAUUUUAGCAUCCUACAGUUAUGAAAACAUCUACCUUUUCUCAAGAGAGCAUGGGUUAUACUUCAACGAUUUUGAGGAGAAUUACAGUGAGAAGUUGCCUGUACCUCAGACCUUCAGGGGUCAUGAGAACAUGCAGCCCAUUAAAGGUGUUAGCUUCUUUGGUCCCAAUUGUGACUAUGUUAUCUCUGGAUCAGACUGCGGCCAUGUGUUUAUUUGGAGAAACAAGGAUGGACAGCUUCUGCGUGCGAUGCAAGCUGAUAUAAGGAGUGUGGACUGUGUUGAGCAACAUCCCACUGAGAUUGUUAUUGCAAGCAGCGGCAUUGAAACAGACGUCAAGAUUUGGGCACCUGGUGAUAGUGAGAAUCCCUCCACUUACAAUUAUGACAUAUCAGUUAUAGCUGUCCUACUUGCAAAUAACGAUGUUGGAACAGGGUUGGGAACUUCACCUGAUACAAAUCCUUUCAUCAUCCGGGGCACGGGCAGCGAUUUCGAUGGCUCUUCUUACAUAGAUGACGUUGACAUGCAUUCCUCGGGUGAUGACGACGUUGACGAUGAUGAAGAGGACAAGGAAGAAGAGGUGGGUGUAGACGAAGAUCAGAAAGAUGAUGAGGACGAUAUGGAGCAUAUGAAUGAUGAUCGGUGA